AUGAGCAGCGCAAGGAAGCGACGUGAGACAACACCAGAUGUAUCGUAUUUGCUAUAUAGGGAGAGCCGAGCCGCGCCGAACCGAGUCUCCAACCCACCGAGUCGCUCUGACGACCCGGCUUGCCUUCCGGUUACUUCACUUGCGGAUUUAACUCUGAGCAAAACCGUCAGAUCGGGUGAUUGUAGAUUUUGGACCGUCCGAUCCAAGGGGAUCGGAGUGUCGUCUUUUUGUACCCCGCCGCCGCCUCUUUUUCCCCCGCUGCCGCCUCUCCUCUUCCGCCGUCACCUCCUCAGUCGCCUCAUCCCCGUCUCUUCGUCCGCGUCGCUGCCGUGUCUCCCCGUCCGCAUCGCUGUAUCCUUCUCUUCAUAUUGGUACGCGUCUCCUCCUCCUCCUCGUCCUCCCCGUCUGCUCUUUCUCUCUCUCGCUGAUCGGGAAAGUACGACUUCACUAGGUUGCUCCGGUUGGAUGGGUUCCAACAUGAAUGACAUGAAAUCGCUUCAAGAAACUAAUCUUGAUGAAGAAGGUGAUCAAGAAUUUGAAUUGGAGGAUGUAGAUGAUGGAGAUGAAGAGGAAGAAGUGGAGGAAUAUGUAACCCUAGGUCUUGUUGAAAAGCCCAAGAAUCCUAAAUUCCUUCUUCGCCAUCUAUUCCCAAGCAAAGCUGGAGGUGUUCCGGCAUGGUUGGAUCCAGUGGAUUUGCCACAAGAGAAGUCGCGAAUAUGUGGUUUUUGUGGAGAGCCUCUUCAGUUCCUUCUUCAGAUUUAUGCACCAAUUUCUGAGGAGUCUUCUACUUUUCAUCGGAUCUUGUAUGUUUUUAUGUGCCCAUCCAUGUCAUGUCUUCUUCGGGACCAGCAUGAACAGUGGAAAUGCAGAGGAGACAAUCCUUGUCGAAGUGUGAAAGUCUUCCGUUGCCAAUUACCUCGAUGCAAUCCAUUCUACUCUAGUGAGCCACCAAAGCGUGAUGGCAUUGACAAACCAUUGACUGUUGGAGCUGCGCUUUGCUCUUGGUGUGGCACAUGGAAAGGGGAGAAAGUUUGUAGUAGUUGUAGGAGAGCACGUUACUGCUCUGAGAAACAUCAGGCUUUGCAUUGGAAGUCAGGGCAUCGAAAUCAAUGUCGUCAGAUUGUAAAUUACUCAGAAACAUCUAGUUCAAGUCCUGAUUCCUCUAGCAAUAGGCUUCCAACUGUGGGCAAAGUUGCCUGCAGUACACUAUGGCCUGAAUAUGAGAUUAUCAUAGAAGAUGAAUGUGCUUUUGAUACGGAAGCUUUUGAAGAUAAUAAUUGUGCAACAUCAUUGGUGCCCAAAAAUAUGAAAACAGAUGACUCAUAUCAGUUCAUGUUGGACAAGUUUGAGGCUGAUGAAAAUAAAAGGACCUGGGCAUCAUUUCAAGAACGAAUUGCAAAAUGUCCUAAGCAAGUGUUGAGAUAUUGCCGAGAUCCUAAGGCGAAACCACUAUGGCCUUUGUCAAUUGGCUGCCCCUCUGUAGCAAAUAUUCCUAAAUGCAACUACUGCAAUGGCCCUAUAUGCUAUGAAUUCCAGAUCAUGCCUCAGUUGCUUUUUUACUUUGGUGUGAGAAAUGAUCCUGAUUCACUUGACUGGGGAACCAUUGCUGUAUAUACAUGUUCAGCUUCCUGUGGAUCAAGUAUAAGCUACAAAGAGGAAUUUGCAUGGGUUCAGUUAUAUCCUACAGCACCAAUGACUUGAAGGUUCUCUGAUGUGUAUGUGCUCUAUGCCAUAAAUUCCAGGUGAAAUUGAAAGUGUGAACAAGUUUGGUCUGAGAACUGAGUUCUCAUGCUUUGUCAUGCUAAAUAUCACAAAAAGAGAGUUUCUGUUGAUUCACCACCUAUGCUCUGUAACUGGAUUCCAAUGUAGUUCUCUAGUGUAGCUAACGAUUUUUGUUUAUGAUGUUAUGUUGUCUUGGAUGACUAUACUUUUUUUUCUUCAAAUUAAAUGUUUUCUUCUCCCAAUCAACCUAGAUGUAUUAUGUUCAUUGUAAAGGGUUGCUCCCUUUGAC